AUGAGGUGGCUUGUUCUCAUCUCUGCCCUGCUAUAUUUCGCACAAGCGGAUCGAAUCCUAGUUUUGGUGGAAUGUAUGAGUGCUAGAGAGACUCACUCCAUCUUCUUUCGAGGACUUCAAGAACGUGGCCACCACCUCGUGUUCCGAACUGCGGACGACCCAUCGCUUUCGUUGAUGAAGUACGGCGAGCUCAACUACGAUCAUCUGAUAAUAUUUGCUCCUUCAGUUGACGAAUUCGGAGGCUCAAUCUCAGUAGAGGAAAUCACACGUUUUGUUGACGAAGGCGGUAAUUUGCUGGUCACUGGUGGACCAAAUCUUGGUCAAGCUGUGCGCGAGUUAGCGAUCCAGCACGGUUUCGAAUUUGAUGAGCCUGACACUAUGGUCAUUGAUCACAACAACUACGACACUUAUCUCGAUGAUGGCUACCACACGACAAUCGUGGCUACAAAAGAGCAGUUGUUGAAUGCACAUCUAAUAAUUGGAGAAACAGCUAGAUUGAAUCCGGUCCUAUACAAGGGUGUAGCAAUGAUUUCGCAUAAGAACAAUCUUCUGCGUCUUGAAGUGUUACGUGGCACCACUACAUCUUACUCUUUCAACCCCACAUCGCCUAUCGAUGAAUAUCCUGGAGCGAUCGGCAAGCAGGUUAUCAUGAUAGGUGCAGUACAAGCUCGAAAUAAUGCUCGCGCUGUUUUCACAGGAUCUAUGGAAAUGUUUUCGGAUGCGUUCUUGACUGCAUACGUCCACAAAAGUGGCAGUGAAGAUCCUGCUGCUCGGUCAGGAAAUAUGAAACUGGUAACUGCUUUGUCAAAAUGGGUUCUUAAAGAAAAUGGGGUGUUGCGUGUGAAGAAAGUCGAACACCACCUUGCCGGCAAUCGAGAAGUCCCAAGGGAAUAUACUAUUUUGGAUGAAGUGGAAUAUGCUAUCGAAAUUGAAGAGCUUAAAGAAGGAAAAUGGCAACCAUUCAGUGCAAAAGACGUCCAGCUUGAAUUUGUACGAAUUGAUCCAUUCGUCAGAACAACUCUUAAGAACAAUAACGGACGCUUCUCAACUCGUUUCAAGUUGCCCGAUGUCUACGGUGUCUAUAAGUUCCUUGUGGACUAUCGAAGAAUAGGCUACACUCACCUAUACGAUGUUCAACAGGUCUCGGUUCGCCCAUUGUUGCACGAUCAGUAUGAGCGUUUCAUCCGAUCGGCGUACCCAUAUUACGCGUCAUCGUUCUCAAUGAUGGCGGGAGUUGUGUUAUUCUCGCUCGUAUUCUUAUACUACAAGGAACCAGCGAAAGUGGCAAUCACAGGAUUGGGGUUUACUAAAGAAGUUCAGCGUGAAAUCGUGUCAAUUCAUAUUGGACAAGCAGGGAUACAAAUCGGAAACUCGUGCUGGGAGUUGUUCUGCCUUGAACACGGUAUCCGCCCGGACGGAAAACCUAAAGACGAAGGAGGAUGUUGCAUGGGGACAGCAACUUUCUUUUCUGAAUCAUGCACAGGAAAAUAUGUUCCACGAGCAGCAUUAAUUGAUCUUGAACCAACAGUCAUAGAUCAAGUUCGACUCGGCACAUACAGAGAACUUUUUCAUCCCACACAGAUGAUCAAUGGCAAAGAAGAUGCAGCUAAUAACUUUGCUAGAGGAUUUUAUACUGUUGGCAGGGAAAGUCUCGAAGAUGUGAUGGAAACCAUACGACGCCUAGUGGAACGUUGCUCUAGCCUACAAGGUUUUCUCAUUUUCCAUUCUCUUGGAGGUGGAACAGGAUCAGGGCUCGAAUCAUUAAUUAUGGAAAAUCUCUGCUUACAAUACGAAAAAAAGAGCAGACUGGAGUUUUCGAUCUAUCCUUCACCGCAAACUGCAACAGCAGUGGUUGAACCGUACAAUUCAGUGCUCACUACUCAUAAUAGUCUGUAUCAAUCAGACUGUACUUUUAUAAUGGAUAACGAGGCGAUAAGUAAUAUUUGUCGCCUUAGAUUAGAUAUAAAAACACCUACUUAUCGAAAUCUGAACCAAAUAAUAUCACAGGUAGUCUCGUCGAUCACCGCCUCAAUACGAUUCGACGGUCAGCUGAAUGUGGAUCUGAACGAGUUCUCCACAAAUCUCGUCCCAUACCCACGUAUUCAUUUUCCGCUUGUAGCAGCAGCACCAUUCCUAUCGGCUGAAAAAGCAUAUCGAGAAUCUCUGUUGGUUAAAGAUAUCACAACAAUGUGUCUGGAAACUUCAAGUCAAAUGGUGAAGUGCGAUGCUACCUCAGGGAAAUAUAUGGCAGUUUGCCUACUGUAUAGAGGUGACGUCGUUCCAAAGGAUGUGAACGAAGCAAUAACGUCACUAAGGACAAGAAGUGGUCUUGAUUUUGUCAGCUGGUGUCCGACGGGCUUUAAGGUAGGAAUAAACUAUCAACGACCAAAACAUGUUCCCGGAGAUGAUCUCGGUCAAUUAACUCGGGCAGUAUGUAUGUUGUCGAACACGACGGCGAUUUCCGAUGCAUGGGCUAGACUCAAUUAUAAAUUCGAUGUUAUGUACUCGAAGAGAGCAUUCGUUCAUUGGUAUGUUGGAGAAGGUAUGGAAGAAGGAGAGUUCAGUGAAGCACGAGAAGAUCUGGCAGCACUUGAAAAGGAUUACGAAGAGAUAGUUGGCAGCGAAUUGUGCAGCGAAGAUGAUGAAUACUGA